UCCAAAUCCGCCAUUUUCUAUCUCUCGCUUUAAGUCUGUAUCAGGGCUUCAAAUCGUAUGCAUACCGUUAAUAUAUGAAUAUCUUCAGUCAGUUUUGAUCCCGAAGAUCUGAAUUUAUCUGAAAUGGAUGACUGCGCUUCCGACGACUUCGCCGAUGGGGCUCAGCGUCCCAUGUCAGAGGACGAAAGUGUCUACUUCGUUCCUUACUGGUGGUGGAGAGAAGCACAAGAGCCGUCUUCUGGGGAUACUAAUGAGAAUAGAGGGAUUUUAUAUACAGCUCUAUCUACUUCUUACGGAGGACCGUUGAAGAUCAUUAACAACAUAUUCUAUUCGGAUCUCGUUUUCAACCUUAGGAGAGAAGAGGAUUCUGGGCAAAAUGACCAUGCUGAGGAGGGAAUUUCUGGCCGGGAUUAUGCAUUGGUUCCUGGGGAAAUGUGGUUGCAAGCUCUCAAAUGGCACAGUGAUUCUAAUGUGACAAUGAAGGAUGGUAGAUCCUCUUUGGCUGCAGAAGGUGAUAUGGCAGAUGUAUACCCCUUACAACUCAGGCUAUCUGUUAUGCGAGAAACAAUUUUGUUGGCUGUGAAAAUUAGUAAGAAGGACAAUACAACUGAACUCUACAAAAGAGCCUGCAAGAUUUUCAGUGUUGAAUCUGAGCUGGUACGCAUAUGGGACUUCUCUGGGCAGAUAAACCUGUUUUUCAAAAGUGACAGAAAUAAGUUUCCUAAAGAUGGUCAGCGUCUGUCAGAAGAGAUUCUCCUGAAGCUUCAAGUUUAUGGAUUGUCAGAUUCCAUGAAGUAUGGAGAAGGGAGGAAAAAUGAACUGCCAGUCCAACAGUCUAAGAUGGCAGUUUCUUUGUGGGGUAGCUCUCUUUUCAUGAAUGGCAGCAUCGGAGAGUCUGGUUCUUUGGGCUUGACAGGAUUACAAAAUCUUGGAAAUACUUGUUUCAUGAACAGUGCUAUCCAGUGUUUGGCACAUACACCGAAGCUUGUUGACUAUUUCCUUGGAGAUUACAGUAGAGAAAUAAACACAGAUAAUCCAUUGGGCAUGAAUGGUGAAAUUGCUUUAGCAUUUGGAGACUUAUUACAGAAGUUGUGGGUUCCUGGGGCAACUCCAUUGGCACCAAGAGUGUUCAAGUCAAAGCUUGCUCGUUUUGCCCCCCAAUUUAGUGGCUUCAACCAGCAUGAUUCCCAAGAGCUUCUUGCUUUUUUGUUGGAUGGACUCCAUGAAGAUCUAAAUCGUGUGAAAUGUAAGCCUUACGUAGAAGUCAAGGAUGCAGAUGGUCGUCCAGAUGGAGAAGUGGCUGAUGAAUUUUGGUGGAAUCAUCUGGCUCGUAAUAACUCCAUCAUAGUUGAUGUAUGCCAAGGUCAAUACAGGUCAACAUUAGUUUGCCCUCUUUGCAAGAAAGUCUCUGUUACAUUUGAUCCCUUUAUGUAUCUAUCACUACCGCUACCUUCAACAACAAUGCGGACAAUGACUGUGACAAUCUUGGGCACUGAUGGAACUACCUUGCCCUGUCCAAUAACAGUAACUGUGCCCAAGGUUGGAUAUUGCAGGGAUCUUAUUCAGGCGUUAAGCAAUGCUUGUUCUUUAAGGAGUGAUGAGACCCUAUUGGUGGCAGAGAUAUAUACGAAUCGCAUUAUUCGUUAUCUAGAGGAGCCAUCUGAUUCACUGUCUUUGAUUAGAGAUGAUGAUCAACUUGUUGCUUAUCGCUUACCAAAAGAUCUUGAUAGAUUCCCUUUGGUUGUGUUCAUGCAUCAGCGUGUGGAGCAGUACAUCCAUGGGAAGGCUACACCAUGUAUGAAGGCGUUUGGAAUCCCUCUUGUAUCGAGGCUCUGUAAUGUUGUUAAUGGAUCAGAUAUCCACGACCUUUUCCUGAAAUUGCUCAAUUCAUUUCUAAUACACAAUGAAAGUGUCUUAGACACUCUUGAUGAUAGUGAAAACAAUGCAAAAGAUGAAAUUAAUGAGAUGGAGGAUGCCACAAGCCUUGGUAGUGGUGGAAAGCCAGCUGAUGAAAUGGGGGAUGGCCAGCUUUCUGAUACUGAGUUUCAGUUCUACCUAACAGAUGAGAGGUGUGCAGUAAAAGACUUCAAGAUAGAAAUGAACAAGCCAGUGCUGGAAAUAGGGUUGCCUAAGCGGUUCUUUGUACUUGUAUCUUGGCCUAGUGACAAGAUUGAGCAGUAUGAUACAUCCCUUCUCAGUUCAUUAACUGAGGUCUUUAAGUCAAGCUUUAUUGUGAGAAGGCCUCAAGAAUCUGUUUCUCUAUAUGCAUGUCUGGAGGCAUUUCUGAAGGAGGAGCCUUUAGGACCAGAAGAUAUGUGGUACUGCCCUGGCUGCAAGAAGCAUCGACAAGCGAGCAAGAAACUAGAUCUCUGGAGACUGCCAGAGAUUUUUGUUAUUCAUCUAAAGAGGUUCUCAUACAGCCGCUUCCUGAAGAACAAGCUUGAGACAUUUGUGGACUUCCCCAUUCAUGACCUUGACCUGGCUACCUACAUUGCUCACAAUAGCAGCCACUUGUCCAACCGCUACAUGCUAUAUGCUGUUAGUAAUCAUUAUGGGGGCAUGGGAGGUGGUCACUAUACUGCAUUUGUCCAUCAUGGGGGUAAUCAGUGGUAUGAGUUUGACGACAGCCAUGUUUUCCCUGUUAGUGAGGACAAGAUAAAGACAUCAGCUGCUUAUGUUCUUUUCUACAGGAGAGUCAUGGAUGCAUGAUAUCACAUAUACAAUUAGAAUAACUUCUAACCAUUCGAAACCAGUAUGAAGCUAGAGUUACCUGGAUGAUCCCCUUCUAUUUGGUAGUCUAACAUGUAUUGUAGCAUUCUUUUAUUGUCGGAAUUCCAUGGUUUGCAUUAACCUACUGGCACGGACGAAUAAGAAAGGAGGAUCUUGAGCAGAAUGGUCGUCCCUUAGAUGACUCUAACAUUGUAACAAUUAUGAGUUGAUAUUCUUAUCUUUUAAGCGAGUACCUGUUCAUCCUUUGUUAGUUCUUUACAUGUAUACCUUUCUAUCAAAGGAAAGUCUGUCCCUGAUUUUUGUUUUUCUGAAAGGGAUAGCAGCUUCCACCAAAUUAAGGUGUAUUUGUUGUUUAUUUUUAGUGAUGUGCUUUUUAGUGAAUUUCUUAGUCAGUGUGAUUGG